AUGGCUCCUAAAAGAGAAUCCUCCAUUAAGAACACACCUUCGCCAGUGGCCAAGCCCCAACUGGGUCCCCCUUUUCCCUGCCUGCCUGCAGCUCUUACAGCACCAAAGGUAGCACCAGAGCAGAAACCUAGGAUGCUGCGACCAUCAGAAUCACCAUUUGACCCCAGUACUUUGGAGUCUGACUUCUCGGAAGAUCAAAUCCAAGAGUUCAAGGAGGCGUUCCUGCUGUUCGACAGAACAGGAGAGGGGAUGAUCUGUUACAACCAGUGUGGGGAUGUCAUGCGCUCCCUGGGACAGAACCCUGUCACUGCUGAUGUCCUCAAGGUCCUGGGCAACCCCAAAGCUGAGGAGAUGAACACCAAGAUGCUGGACUUUGAGAGGUUCUUGCCCAUGCUUCAGACCAUUACUAAAAAUAAAGAUCAGGGCUCCAUGGAAGACUUUGUGGAGGGACUUCGCGUCUUUGACAAGGAAGGCAAUGGCACAGUAAUGGGCGCAGAGCUGCGUCAUGUCCUCACCACACUAGGUGAGAAAAUGACAGAGGAAGAAGUGGAGACUCUCCUGGCAGGACACGAAGACGCAAACGGCUGCAUCAAUUAUGAAGAGCUGGUCAGGAUGGUCAUGAACGGCUGAAGAGAAAAUGAUCACUUUUUUUUUUUUUUUUUUUUUUUUUUUCCCCCCCCCUUCCCCUUUUGAUUUAGUCUUUUACUGUGUCACAUCUCUUUUUGCAGUUGGCUUACUACAUCCCCGCAAGCUCUUUUCCAUGGAUUUGAUUUGGCUAAAGAUGAUGCACAGUCUAAUAGCAUACUGUACAUGACCAUUGUGAAUGCAUUCAUUUAAGUCUGAAAGCUUCAUUCCACAUUCCAAGAUGCAUCACCUGAGAAUUUUCACCGGUGACUGUAUAUUGUAAUACAUGUUGCUAACAGUCUGUCAUUUUUGGAUGGGGAUUUAAUAUUUAUACAUGCACUCAUACACGGUAAUGGUUUGAUCUACUGUAAUAUUGGCAAAGACUUUGGCUCAAGAACACUGGCUUGGUUUGACAUUGCAGUAAACCAGUAUAAUAAAUCCUAUAAAAGCAAUAUCCAAAGCCGGAAAACUUUCCAAAUGUUUCCUAUGCUUUUAAAAUUACCCCUUUUUUGCAUUUGAAUAAAAGUCUCCUCAAAUACUA